GGGUGGUGAAGAAAAUUUGUAGUCGAGUUACAAUCUGUGUGGAAGAGAAAUGACGUGUUGCACAGAAGAAGAGGUUGUGUGUUUGGGUAGGCUGCCGCCGAGAGGGGCAGGGUGUGAGUGAGCAUGCUCUGUUUGGACUGACAUUGGAUGCCGGCUUAGCUCCUCUGUCCUGCACGAACACACCCAGCCGCAGUGACACCUAGCACACUCCAGGGGACAGAGAGAACAUGGCUUGAAUAAGAGAGCACAGAGGAGGGAAAAGUCAGCGGGAGAGAGAGACUUUGUCCGGGACUUUCCCUUCUGUCCCCCUCUUGCGAGCUGCUCUGUUCUUCCCAGCAGGAAACAGGGCUUUGUGUUCUAAUCAGUAAAGGGAGUUUUUUUUUCCAAGCAACUCUUCUACACGACUAAAUAUUAGUUUUUUAAUACACAAGUCAUUCUUUUGUGAUUGGAAUUUUUCUAUUUUUCUUUUUUUGCUGCAAAACUUCCAUUUGGGGAAAUGGUCUUGGAAGAGGAUAUGUCUGUGAAAAGCUGCAGCGCUCCAAGCUCUACACUUCCUGAAUAUUUGGCAGCAGGAGAAACAAAGGUCCCAGUGGCCGGGAGCAGCCGGGGAGUGGCGGGUUGACCACACACACUGGCAGACUGCUCUCGGACUAAUGCAAGCCUUUCAGAAGGUCCCCACAUUUCAAGAGAAGACGAAAGCCUUACUUGGAAAUCUUAUGGACGAAGAAAUGAGUCGCCAGACUGCCACCGCGCUGCCCACAGGAACCUCCAAGUGCCCCCCCUCCCAGCGCGUGCCCACCCUGUCGGGCACCACAGCCUCCAACAGUGACCUGGCCAGUCUGUUCGAGUGCCCUGUCUGCUUCGACUAUGUCCUCCCCCCCAUCCUGCAGUGUCAGUCCGGGCACCUGGUAUGUUCCAACUGCCGGCCCAAGCUCACCUGCUGCCCGACCUGCCGAGGUCCCCUGGGCUCCAUCAGGAACCUGGCCAUGGAGAAGGUGGCCAACUCGGUCCUCUUCCCCUGCAAGUACGCCUCGUCGGGCUGCGAGGUCACGCUGCCCCACACCGACAAGACGGAGCACGAGGAGCUGUGCGAGUUCCGGCCGUACUCCUGCCCCUGCCCCGGCGCCUCCUGCAAGUGGCAGGGCUCCCUGGACGCCGUCAUGCCUCACCUGAUGCACCAGCACAAGUCCAUCACCACACUGCAGGGGGAGGACAUUGUGUUCCUGGCCACGGACAUCAACCUCCCCGGGGCGGUGGACUGGGUGAUGAUGCAGUCGUGCUUCGGCUUCCACUUCAUGCUGGUGCUGGAGAAGCAGGAGAAGUACGACGGCCACCAGCAGUUCUUCGCCAUCGUGCAGCUCAUCGGAACUCGCAAGCAGGCGGAGAACUUCGCCUACCGGCUGGAGCUCAACGGGCACCGGCGCCGCCUGACCUGGGAGGCCACGCCGCGCUCCAUCCACGAGGGCAUCGCCACGGCCAUCAUGAACAGCGACUGCCUGGUGUUCGACACGUCCAUCGCGCAGCUGUUCGCCGAGAACGGCAACCUGGGCAUCAACGUCACCAUCUCCAUGUGCUAAGAACCUUUUUUGAAGAGCAGAGGGUCAAACAGUUACAGAUUGUCACGGGGCAUUUUUUUAGGGGGUCAAAUAAGUUGUGACCUCACAGCGCCCCGCCCCUCUCUGCCCCACCCCUAGAGACGUGGAACUGGACUGUCAGAUCGGGCAGCCGUGGAGGCCCAGGGGGUGGGUGGGAUGGAUGGAUGAGUGGAUGGAUGGUUGGAUGGAUGAAUGAGUGAAGGAAUAAUAAACACAAGGACAUAACUGCGAUGAUGGUUAUAGACUUUGACACAAACACACAAACUUGUAUGUGAGACUCGUGCACGCUCACGCUGUCUCGUCCUCUCGGUCUUACACACAGACACAAACUGAGAAGCUGUUAACUCCUCAACCUUCUCAUUCCUCCGGUCACGUCUCCCUGGGAGUGAGUUCCACCACUCAUGGUUCGGUGUCGCUCUCUUUCUCCUCUUCCUCAUCCUCACACAUUUCACACGCUGCAGGACGCCGGAGGCCGCUCGCCGCUGAGCAGCUCUGUGAACUCUAGCUUCAUCGUGGACUCCCGGUCAGGGCUAGGCAGCUCGCCAGCGGUCUAGCUUCUUUCUGUUAGUGAUCCCCGCCCCCCCCCCCCCACCCUUGUGGCCAUCGGACCUCCUGGUUACCGUUAAACUAAGUAGGACCGGAACCACGGCUCUGGCUUGUGCUGGACCCCAGAGUCCAGCGUUUGGAUUCUGAAGUCCACCUGUGACACUGAUGCUGCGACUGGAAUCGUCAGCCACAGGCCGGGACCACUGAGGCCCCCCCACGGGUCUGUCCAGGACCCAGACCUUUGAUCGGCAUCGAAGGUCCCUGGAGCCUCCUCACGGCCCCCCCCCCAACACACACACACACACACACACACACACACACACACACACACACACACACACACACACACACACACACACAGGCUAACGGUUGUGCAUUGGACCGUCGUCCCAGUUAUUAGUCUGCUCUCAUACUGUAGGUUUCAUGACGUCAGCCCUGGGUUUUUUCUUGAAUCUUUAUUUUCACAGGACACAUCAGUGGAGUCCUGACACUCACACACACACUAAAGUCUCUGUGUAACAGGCCGUGUGUUGGUGUGUGUGUAUACAGGUGUUACAGCGAACUGAGUGUGUGUCUGAGAAGGAGAGGAAGUUUUUUUUGUUUUAGUUUUUCACAGCGAGGAGAAGAGGAAACACUGCAUUUCAGUUGAUUCAAAGUUUGUUUUUUCCGGGUUUAUUGUUAAGUCUGUUUCUUUUAAUUAUUUUAGUUCAGUUUUUUUUGUAUGAGAGGAGAGAAGAACGCCUGAUGUGUGUCUUUGUGAGUCUGUGUGUGUACGUAUGUGUGUAGGUGAGUCGGACAUUUGGCAUGAAGCCUGCUCACUUUCUCCCUUUCCUCUUCCGAGACUCUUCUUUCCUUUCUCCUUCCUCCUCCUCCUCCUCCUCCUCUCACUCCUUCGCCGGCGUCGGCCUCAACCACUGACUGACUGAUCACCCAACCAGGAACGAGGGACAGUUUCUACCGUUACAAUGUUGCUAUUGUUAUUAUUAAAUGGAGAUUAUCAUAAUUAUCAUUUUUGUAAUGACUUUUAAAAACAAAGUUAAAAGGCAGUUGUAAAACUUGUGGCUAAACUUCAGUGUUUGUAGUUAAAAAGCAAGUUGUGUCGUUCUUCUGAAGGUUUGUGUUUUUCUUUCCCCUCUUACAAGUGGAUUGUUUCUCCCCCUCAUCUAUUUGUCUCUGUUUGUGUGGUAAGUCGUUUCCUUUUCUUUUUGUCUGUGAGGAGGGAGGGAGGUCAAGCCAAUCAUCUCUCCCUUGCUCUCCACGUGGAGUCUGUCAUGUUGCUGCUCUCCCUCAACUCCUUGACUUUAUUUCUGUUUUAAUUUGUCAUUAAAUAAAUCUAUCUUUUUCAUA